AUGUGUGAUGCCAGUGACUGGGCAGUUGGAGCCGUUUUAGGUCAAAAGAAAGAAAAUAUUUUUCAUCCUGUUUAUUAUACAAGCAAAACUUUUAAUGAUGCUCAGAUCAAUUACACCACUACUGAAAAGGAAUUAUUAGAUGUGGUUUUUGCUUUUGAAAAAUUCAGAUCCUACUUGAUGGGAACCAAAGUGAUUGUUCAUACUGAUCAUGCUGCCAUUAAGUAUCUUGUUUCCAAAAAAGACGCAAAACCAGGGUUAAUAAGAAAAGGGGUGGAUCAUCAAGUGGCUGACCAUCUGUCAAGAUUAGAAAACAAGACAAACCAUUACAAGGGUAUAUACUUUAUGGGACCUUUUUCUCUAUCCAAUAAUUGUGUCUACAUAUUGGCUGCUGUGGACUAUGUGUUCAAAUGGGUGGAGGCUAUGGCUUGCCAUUCCAAUGAUGCUAAAACAGUUUUCAAGUUAUUACAAAAGCACAUAUUCACUAGAUUUAGUACACCUUGUGCCUUAAUUAGUGAUGAAGGCACUCACUUCAUAAACAACUUGUUAGAAGAAGUUCUUGACAAGUAUGACAUCAAGCAUAGGGUAGCAACUGCCUACCAUCCUCAGACCAAUGGAUUGUCAAAUAGGGAGAAAAAAGGGAUUUUGGCCAAAGUAGUCAAACCACAUAGAAAAGAUUGGGCCUCUAAUUUAGAUGAUGCUUUACGGGCCUAUCGGACUGCCUACAAAACCCCUAUUGGUAUAUCUCCCUACAAAUUGGUCUUUGGAAAAACAUGUCAUUUACCCGUAGAACUGGAGCACAAAGACUAUUGGGCUAUUAAGGAGCUUAAUAUGAAUUUAGAUGAGGCCGGGAGAAAAAGAACCCUGUAA